CACACACACACACACACACACACACACAUAGAGGCACGCUCCCCUCUGUCACAAUCACAAAACACACGCCCCGCAUUCACUGGGCCAGUGGCCCCCCCUUCCCGCACUAGACUACUACGACGCCUAUCUCUUGACAAGACUGCUGCUGCUGCUACUACUGCCACACAAUCAUAACAACUCAGUAGUGUUUUUACCUGCGCUGUGGGUGGACGCAUGUUUUUACCGCAGGGCAGGACAGUGGCCGGAUACGACACUUUUCUUUGGAAUUCGCUUCAUCGUAAUGCCAAGAUUUAAUUAAUAUUGUUGUGCCAAGUUUUAAUUAUCAUCGUUAGGUAUGGUGAUGCAAAGUUUACUUGUACGUAGAUCAACGCGCAUCAAGCUUCACAUGUUUUAGCGUCAGUUCCAACGUAGAUCAACUCGCAUCAAGUUUCACAUGUUUUAGCGUCAGUUCCAUACAUUCGUGCCGCUGUUGGUUUUGGUUUCGUUUGUUUUGGUGGGGUUUUUUUCUUCGUUUGUUCUUUUAAAUUGAAACGAAGAGUAUUAUAGCAUUGCUGUGAUCACACCUUAGAAUUUUGUCGAUGGAGGGCGUGAAAUCACCUAGAAAUUUAGAUAGAAAUCUAGUCUAGAUCUAGAUCUAAUAUAAAAUUUUAAUUUAACAUCUGAAGGAAUUCUGAAGUUUGUUGAAAGACGAAUAAAUAGCCUAACAGGUCGUAUGUGUUGCUCAAAGGUGUGAAAUACUAAAGGAUCUUAUUCGAGACCUGUGUGAAGUUUAUUGUGCUGUUAUUUACUGAGAUCUCUGGACUCACGAGCCUUGUGUGUUUACGUUUGUGUUUGUGUCUGUGUGUUUGAAGACAGCGAUGGCGUCCGAGUCGCUAGAUGAGGAGCCGGAGUAUGAGAUCAAAUUUCGUGAGGAUGAAGAGCUAGAAUUCUUCACGGAAUUAGCCCUACAUGAAACUGAGCGAUGGAUACAGGCUGUCACCAAGAAGACAUUGGUGUACCCAGAUGACACGCGGAAAUCCCUGGAGAAUGGAGUCUUGCUUUGCGAGACAACGUCAAUGUGUUUUUGAAAGCUUGUCGUGGCACAUUUGGCCUAAAGGACUCGCAUCUCUUCAACUCGUCAGAUCUUGAGGAUUUAUCGCAGCGGGCCAUUGGAGAAUCUGACCAUCUGAAAGAGGAGUACGACAAGAGACUUAGAAACGUCGCUAUCACCAUCUACUGGCUUGGGAAAUACGCGUCUAGCUUCUACCAAGGACCGCAACUGGACUUGAGCGCGUUCUCAGCCCUGGUCCAUACACGUCACGAAGCUGACAUUGUGGAGAAAGACUUCCACAGCAGACGAACCUCAUCCUCCAGCUCUUGGGACUGGGCUCAUGGUGGACGCCCGGGUUUGAACUCUCAACUCUCUGGAACUGGGAGCAGAGGUCAGAUAGGAGACUCGCCCUACCGCCACAACAGGGACAGUUCCUAUGACUCAUACGAGAAAGAAUCAGUAGACAGCCUGGACGAGGGAGGGAGCAUGCCAAUGGCGCGAUACAACAGCGGGUCAUCCCUCAACAAGCAGAAGGACCACCAGAACUUUGCCACGUUUGACUCCAGCUUCAGUGAUGAGAAAUACAGCGGGCUAUACCGGAGCAGUCCGGACCUGUCUCACAGCGGAGUGUCCCACAGACGGUACUCCUCCACAGACAGCAUGGACGGGUCGCUACACUCCGGCCACUCCAGGCAGGGCUCCGACAGUAACGAAGUCGGCUAUCCCACGAGGAGAAUGAGCACUCAGCAGUUGAGAAAGUCCAGCACUAGCGCGGACCCCUUACAGUUCAUCAAGGGCAAAGGUGCCCAGGAACUGGCCCACACUGCCCAGGUCCAGAUGCGGGUGGCGGCAGAGAGCAAGGUUGUGGCCCCUCUGCCGAAAGUCAAGGACGAAGAGGAAGAUGAUGGUUGGCAGGCGAACCUGAGCAUGUGGAAGAAUCGGAGGAAAAGCCAAUCAGAGAGGUCGUACGCGCUGAAGGAGGAGCUAGAACAGAUGGAGAAAGAAAAGGAGGAAGGGGAGUCAUCGGGCCCGACUCUCCCGGCAAAGACUUACUCCCAGAUGCAGGAAGAAAGGGAGAGAAGGAAGAGUGUGCCUGCUCGCAGGUUCUACCCUAUCGAGGACGACGAAGACGACGCCUUCCUGCCCAGUGUCUCAACCCAACAGAACAGUCCAGUAAAGCGAGCCAGUGUGCCGGACACCAGGAUCACAACUUCUAAAGACACAAUUGCGGCUUGGGCAAAAGAUGAGGAUGAAGAAAACGCAGGCGAAGACAACGGCGAAGAAGAAGAAGAAGAAGACGAAGAAGAAGACGAAGAAGAAGAGCAGCAAACAUCACAGACCACUCGCACAUCACAGAUAAACGAUCGCAACGACAAAAACGACGACAACAACAACAACGACAGCUCAAGAAGCAGUCGUUUUUCGGUUGACGUUUCUGAAACAGACGACUCUCGGUCUUCUCGCUCUCUGUCCACUUCGCGGUCGAGACUGUCGGAGAAGUUCAAGCAGUUUGACAGCGAGGAUAACGACACAAACUUCACGAGCAGAGCCGACAGAGACACAGCAAACAGCGGCCGAUCGAGAAGGCCAGGAGUUCACGGCUCUAGCGCUGCAAAUUCUCCCAAAGGUUCGAUCAGCAGCAGGUCUGAGCGAUUCAGCAAGUCUGGGUCUGAUUCCACGGAUAACAACACAAACGGCGGUGUUGGUGCGGGGAGAAAUUCUGUGAAAAGCAACACGUUCAACAAAGCGAAGGAUACGUUUUCUAAAAGUGAUUCUUUCGAAAGGAGUAAUAAUACCACAACCACUAGGGCUACUAGCGGCAGUGUUGGGCCAAGAAAUCAGAAUAAGAUUGGAAACAUUCUGAAAAAUUUUGAACAGUCGGAAUCAAAAUCUGCUAUGCCGAAACAGGGAUACAAUGAGAAAAUUGAUUUGGGUGAAAGGAGGAAGAAUUUCGAGCAGUUUUCUGGAAAUUCAGCAAGUGUUGAAAAUAAUUCGGUGUCUUCUAGGAGGUUUGGAAGUGGUGAUAGAAAUGUGGACAGCGAUCGCGCCAACAGCGAGGAAAGCAGACGCCCUUUCCAAAGCUUCAACCGAAAAUUUAGCAGUAUGGAUAGCGAGGAAGAUGAGCUUGAUAGCGUCCCCGACGCGAGGAGCUCCUACAGCAGAUUUUCGCAAGAUCAGAAGUCGGCCACUUUGCCCGCCAGGAGAUUCGGCAAUGGAGGUACAACUUCCGGCUUUGGCUCUGACGUCUCAAGUCUGGAGAGAUCGAAGACCGCUGAGGAUGUAACUCCUCCCCGCCAGUUUGAGCAACAGCAACAACAACAACAACAACAACAACAACAGACUUAUUCUGCUCAGUCUCAGUCGUCUUCUUUUGGAGUAACGUCCGACCCUCCAGAGCCUGACGUCCAGACUUCUUCCUACACAAGCGCGACAGUGACAAGUUCCAAUAAGGCAGCGCGGCUGACGUGUGCGACCUGAGGGCCCAGGACGAGGUGGUGUCCGUGAACAACCAAGACGUGACCGGCAUGAGCACAUCCCAGGUCGGGGACAUUGUGGCGAGGGCAGUGGGGGCGGGAGACAUAGAGCUCAAGGUCAAGCGGCAACCUGGGCUAGCCGAAGGGCUUCUCCCUACAGAAUCAACUAGAGGAAGAGAGGGCGUGGCUGGAACAACAGAUGGCUGGAGCCACUAGCAGCAUCAAGAAAGAGCAACAGAGAGAGCCAGAGAUUGCCCCUCCCCCUGAGCCCCUCCCCUACACUAACUCCGGCUAUGACAUAGAAGUAGAGAGCAGACAGACUAUCACCCUGAGCCGGCCACAGAAUAAGAAAACAGACGACCCAGAGACACCUUCUCCGACCAACAUCACCCACUCCCCGGGCUCGUCUGUCGCCCUGGAGGAGGACAGCGACGGCUCAAGCUACGGUCCGCCGGCAAUCCUGAGGAAGUGGCAGCGUCAGAGACAGAAGGAGGAGUACACAUUUGAGAAUGAGCCCCCAACCACUUCGCCUUCUCUGUACAAGAAGAUCAGCCUGAAUGCCUCUUUACCAAAGAGGGACUUUGAUUCUGAAGAAGCUCCGACUGAGCGCGAGAAUCAGAGCUCUGUGUCGUCAGCUAGAACCAGCAGGCCCUGGGAUGAGGGGAUGGAUGAGUGGACACAAGGCCAGGACAAAGAUCGCAUGCCUCUAGGGACAGCUGUGGAUGGCAGAAGCGAUACAGUCACAGAGGCCAAAUUCCAAUUGGAGCAAGAGAGAAUGAGAAACCAGUACGAGGAGGACUUGAGACAGGCUGAAUCCAAAGAACAAAUGAGAAGACAACAGGAGGAAGAAAUGCUGCAACCAGAAAUGGAUAAAACAAGGCUCUUGGAGGAACGCAGAGCAGAAAGACGAGCCAGAAUUCAAAAGGGGGCUGCUGCAGCAUCAUCACCAUCAUCAUCGCCAUCAUCUGCAAGAGAUGACUUUCCCUCAGCUGCUUCACCACAACCAACAGGCCCUGAUCAGAACUCAUAUCAGACCAACAGCACACAUGUGACUUCCAUGACUCUGAACAUAGCUCCUCAGCAACAGCCACAACAGCAGCAGCAGCAGCAGCAGCAGCAGCAGCAGCAGCCAGGCAAUGGCAGAUUCAAUCUUCCAGGCUCCACGGGAGGAAUGAUUGUCAUAGAUCCACGGAACAGACAGAACCCAAAUGACACUGCAAACCCAGUGGAGUUUCAGAUUCGACUGGCCAAUCAGCCACCAGCAGUUGAUCAAAACACUGCAGCAUUCCUGGAGGCAGAAAGGGAGAAAAUACGGCAAGAUGAAUUGAGAAAAAUUGAGGAAGAAAGGCAAAAGACAGAGGAAGAAAGAAGACUGAGAGAAGAUGAAAUGAGAAAAAUUAGAGAAAAAGAGGAGCAGUUGCUUCAGCAAGAGGAGAUGUUGCGUAAGCAAAGAGAACAAUUUCUCAAGGAACAAGAAGAAUUUAAAAGGCUCAGAGAGCAACAGUUACAGCAGCAGCAGCAAGAGCAAGUGCAGCCACCUGUGCAGCAAACUUAUUACCCCGUUCAACAGCAGAGAGAAGUGUUGACUCCGAGAUCGAAUGACAGCCCUGACCGAUUCCAAAGAGCACCAAACCAACGCGAAAGAAGUCCAAAUAGUGCUUAUGCCCCUGUGCCUUUCAACCCCCAGAGAACUCCAAGAGAAAACCACGGUUUCUCUCAGUCUCAGAAUAAUUCAUCAGCAAGCUAUCCAUCAUCAUCAGCAUCAUCAUCUCGACCAUAUCAAAAUUCGACCAGUGUGUCCUCUGUGCAUCAUACCGUGCCUUCUUACUCGCAGCCCCAGCCCUCCCCAAAGUGGCAGUCGGACAGGGUAGACAGUAACGCUCCCAGUUUGCCUCGGUGGCCUCCUCAGGACAAUAGCAGCAGCUCAAUCAAAGAUGUUGAUCCUCGGGGUGGAAAACGCUUUUCCAGGGAUGAAAUGCUCGCUAUGAACAGGAAAGCUACACCUUUACAGACCUCCCCCACAGUCCCCCAGGAAAACCACAGCAAUGAUCCUUACUCUGACUCUACUGUGCCCAUUACAAGAGAAGCUCCUUCAAGAGGUGAAAUAAUUUCUCUAAAUUCUGCUCCUCGAGCCAAGCUACGCGAUGACAGUGAGUGGUACGGUACAUCCCCGAGGUCUCCGGGUGUGCAAAAUUCUCCCAGACAACAGCAGCCACCACAACAACAGAUCCAAGAGCCACAGCAAAAGGGUUACCAGGCUCCCUGGAAUGCAGCUAAGGAGAGAGGCGGUGGCAGUGGCCGUCUUCUCUUAAGUGGUCCUCAAGACCACUGGCUUGUCCAAGAGGCUGAACGGCGUAGAAUCGCAGAGUCUGAAGGUCGUCUAAACCCUAACAAACCCAUCAACAGAGGACCAUCCCCCACAGGACAAUAUUCUGGACCCAUCAAACCUGCAGGUGAUGUAAACAACAGGUGGAGAGAUAAUAACGGGUAUGGAGGAGAUCGCAGUCAGUCCCAUGCUGAUGCUGGCAGACCAAAUGCUUCAAUGCCUGCAGCCAUCAGACAGACUUUGCUUCAGAAGACAGCUGGAGCUCGUGGGCCUACAAACGCAAUUGAUCCAUCUUAUCAGCCGGAGCAGGGACAUUCUCCAUCUUUCUCAAAUCCAGAUGCGAUGUACUAUAAUCAAGACCGGACCUAUCAUCAGCCCGCCUUCUCACCACAUCAUCAUCAGCCCUCACCACAUUCACAUCAGCAGCAGCUGCAGCAGCACCCUGGUUAUAUAUCAAAUCAGAACCAAUCAAAACACUUUCCACCUCAAGCUCCUCCCCCAAACCCCGCUCCUCCACCCCCAGGAGAGAAUGGAUCAGCUGUGAGUGGAACUCAGCUGUGUUCACACUGCAAUCAAGAGCUGGGUUUCGGAGCUGCAAUGGUGAUCGAGUCCCUGGGUCUGUACUACCACGUCCAGUGUUUCCGCUGCUGUGUCUGUCACGCGUCUCUAGGAACUGGCGCUCAUGGCGCUGACGUCCGAGUCCGGGCGAACAAGCUUCACUGUCCCAACUGCUACAGCAAUGACGAAGGCAUGAGGAUUGGCCAUAGAAUUUACCGCAGUCAGAAAAUCUGGCUUGAAGUUCAGUAAAGUGUAAAGUGAAUGAAGACGAAAGUCAUCUCAGCAAAACAAGACCACCAACUCCCGGUCUGCUUCAGCAGUGACGAGUACACAUGUAUACAUCAUGUGGGCAUCUUGACUUCUUGGGACUGUAGGAUACCCUAAGUGAGACAACGGAAAAAAUCUCUGGUGCUGAAAAAAUGUAAAGAACAAGCUCGGGUGCCGAGAAACUGCAAAGAACAAGUCAACCAAUGCUGCGUAGCACAUCUCCAUGACAUAGAUUGCUCACUUUCGAUUACAAAAACUUCAAUACACAUAUUCUAGGGCAUUCGACACUUUCACUCUGCUUUUGUACAAUGUUUGUUUCUGCAAGACUGAAUUGGUUUAGAGCUUAAUUUUGGAAUUUAUUAAAUGUUUUUAUGAGAAAUAUUUGAGUAAGAUGAUGGGACAGCUUUUUAAAAAAUUGUCACCUGUGCGUUUGUUAUAAUGUAUUGGAAAGAGUAAAUGAUCAGGGUAUACCAUGAUACCCUUAUUUUUAUCAUUAGCAUACAAGAGCACAAUAUCAGCAUGUUUUAUUACAUAAAUUUCUACUUGACCAACGCUUCUCGGUGUGUUUUCGACUGUAGGGCCUAUGUGUCUUAUUCAUUUGGGUCUUAUUUGCUAUUAUUGUCUAGUAAGUGCAAAGGUAAAAUGCAUGAGCUUGCUUUUUAAUUGUCUUUCCUAUCUGGACACAAUUUCACCAUCUUGUAAAUGCUCGAGGUGAAGGAGAAUGAAAAUGUGGAUUUCUGCAGUACAAUUUAUUGGAAUUGCAUCUCUUUUAAACUAUAUCCUUGUCAAGCAUCUUGUUGUCAGUCAUAUUAAUCACAUUAUGCUUACAACGGGAACAUGUGUAGAAAUGUUGGGGAAUAGUAAACAGUACUCCACAUCAAUAGCUUAAAUAAUUGAGAUAUAAUUUUUGUUUAGUGAUCGGAGUUACUUUACUGGAACAGAACUCUCAAUUCUUCUGCUGGGGUUACAAUGAACAGAACAAAUGUGAGGUGUUUUUAUUUUGUCACUGUUUUGGGGUUGUUUUAUUUUGGGUUUUUUAAUGAUUGCAGCUUUAUGAUAUGCAUCCUUCCAUAAACAGUUGCUGUGCAUGUAUAUCUUGGAUAUUCAUAAUGUGUGCAAUUCCUUUGUAACUAAUGAGAAUGUUAUUUUCUUCUAACUGUUUCUGGAAGGGAAGUGAUGCGGAGGAUGUGUGGAAUAGGCAAAUUUCACCUCUUUAAAAAUAAUCUUGUUUGUUUAUUUUUUCAUUUCUCCGUGCAUAUUUCAAUAUUAGACCAAAUGUCCUGGAAGUUAAUGAAAACAAAAAUGUUUUCACUUUCUUCUCAGCUUUAGACUUUUAUUUCAAUGUAAUCAAUACUAUUGUUAUAAAAGACACUGACACAUUAGCCAUGUACCACUGAGUUUCCAUUUUUUGCUUUCUGAAAAAGGUUGUGAUUUAUUGGUCAAUAUGAUUUACAAGUACUGGAAUAUUUUAAAAGUAUAUUCAUAUAUAGGUUUGCAUAUUUAGUGCAAUUUACAUUUUUUUAAUGUGUAGAAUUAGAUUAUCUUUUCUUUUUGCCCGAACAAAAUGUGAUUGCAUCAUCAAAUGUGCGUAUUCUAGAUGCAGAGAUUUUUUAAUUGUACGUGUAGUACUACAUAGUCAUAAAUAAUCAUAUAUUCAUGCAUGAGAAGUGAAAGUAGUACUUUUUAAAAUAAUUAGAUUGCGAAGUUGUAAGCCUGCAGGUGAUGAGUUUCCAGUGGCCAUUGCUAUUGUACAUUUUAUUCUAAAAGAGGAUACAUCAACGUUCUGGGGGUUUUUUAACUCUGUGUUGUACGGUACUCAUAUGCAUUUCCAUAUGUGCACAUUCCCUCGUGGGCUACAGGUAGCAGAUUGCAUGGAAACAUACAUAGAUGGAUGAAUUUGGGGUUGGGUUUUUUUGGGGUUUUUUUAUUUUCAUACGUGUUCUUACCCCAGCUAUCCACUUAUUUUCGUUUUAUUCCUCCAAUGAUCAUACAGAGUGAAAGUGUGAUUGAGAGGACAAAAGGUAGGAAAAUUGUCUCUUGUAUCCAUCAGGCCCUAAAGAAUAACAGUUUGGUGUCAAAAAGAUUUAUUUGAGAUACAGAAUCCUGUUGGUUUGAUGAUAUGGAUGUUGACUAGUUUCAGUUGUUGUGACUGGGGUUACAAUUUGUGAAGCAACUUCAUAUUAAAAAUGAACUAUUGUCUGCAAUGACCAAAGUGUAUUUCGAAAAGUGAAUGCUACUUUGCUUUGAGAGAAGCGUGAGACAGAGAACUAUUAAAUGGAAGAUAGAGAAUGAGAGACAGCAAGAUGCUGUUGAAAGAGUAUGGUAUAAAUAUCCAAUGGUAUAUAGUUUUAUAACUGUAUGAAGUAUGAUGCAUUAUAACCCAAUUUAUUAUUAUUGUGUUUUUAGUCAGAUUGUUCAAUUCCUUUUUCUCAGUAUCUUAUAACAUUAAAUAUUUUAAAUCUAGAAUCUAGUUAAAAUGGUUUGUGCUCUGUGUUCACACAAAAUACCAUCCACAACUUCCACAAUUGUGUUCCAAUUAACCCUUCUUUUAAGACCAUCAUCGGUAGUCUUAACCUCACCUUAUCCUUUCUCUUUAGCAGUAAGUUUUGAAAGAUAGACUUUCUUUUUUUUUAAAUAGCCUAAAAGGAAAAUAUAUCAAGUGAAAUGUCUCUGGUGGACACUGAAUUCUUUUUCCAAAACAUUCAGUAUAUAUAGGAAAUAAGUAUUUCUUUUAUAAUACAUCCAGUUCACAAUAUUGUAUCACCAUUAUUGCCUGGAUUGCUUGGAUUUAGUUUCUUGUCCUUUUAGUUUUGUCAAGUGUAGUUUUCUUUUGAUUAUUCAUUAUCAAUUUUCAAUUUUAAAACAAUUUGUUUGCAGGACGGGGGGGGGGGGGGGGGGGCUGUGGGAAGCAGGCAGCAGACAGCACUGAAAGGGUUGAGUAAGCUGAUUAGCCCUGCAUGAUCCAUGUGCUAAAUUAAGUGUACCAUAUUUCACAGAUGAAAGGAAAAGCUGAUGGUCUCUCCAGACUGGCCCUUUCUUGGGUUUUCUCAAGAAUUUUCCCAAUAUUUAUGACUUGUCUUCAUUAUGUUAUGUUUCAUGGUUGGAACUAAGAGGAAGAAACAAUAUUGCUUAUUGUGAUAUGCUUGUAUUUACUGUCUUUCAUGUACCGUAAUAUGUUUGUACAGAGUCUGGAUGUGGAUAUGUUGAGAAUUACUUAAGCUUAAAAAGCAACUGCAUUUCACUGCGCUGCCAUUGUUACAUCCCAGACACUCAUCACACAGAAUAAAUAAAAGGUCUAAGAAUAUUAAAAAAGAAAAAAAGCCAUACAUGCGUGUUUAAGCUUUGAAAAAUAUUUACUUUUUUGCAAUCAAAUAUCUUUUGAUAGAUAAUGUAUUUCAUUUUUCUUGUUAUUUUCUUUUAUUUCCUCACUACAUACAUCCACACAUUGUGUCAUAAACAGGUAGGCCUACAAGUAUGAAAAGAAAAGUGAUGUAGCCUAGAUGAUAUAUCAUUGAGAAGAAAAUGUAAUAGUUUUCAUUCAAAAGCAGAGUGGGUCGUGAUUUACCUGAUCACGUUUCAGUGGUUUCUUGCUUCUGCGUCCUUCCACAUUACUUCUUUCAAAUGUUUCUAAUUUCAUAUGUUGCUUUUCCGUUGCCCAUCAAGUUCAUUUGUUUAUUUACCUUUGAUAGGAUUAUUCAAUCCUAUUUGUCUCCCAGCACUAUGACCAUAUACACGCAGCCAUUAAGUUGCUCUUUACUUAGCUACAUGUAGUUGAUUCUAAUUGUGACAACAUAUGAAAAUUGGACCUGUACAUCACUCACACUUAGAUACAUCAUUGAUUGCUCACAUGGAUAAUGAGAAGUGGCUGCAAUUGCUACCUUUGUGAUCAAAGGUUUGUCUAACAGUUGUUCAUGUAAGUUUCUUGGCUUUGUUCAAUACAUUUUUCUGACAGCUGUCAUGUUGUUUACUGUUUGUUUUCAUUUCAUGCAUAGACGGUACUCUCAAAUUGGUUUUUAAAAUGCUAUCAUCUUAAUUUGUCAGUGAGGAUUUUAAUAUGUGAAUAUAUAACUUACAUUUGUGUGCAUGGGAAUGAAAGAAUGAAAAAAGGGGAAUGUCUUGAACAACAGUAAUGAGUGUAUGUGUGCCUGCUUUCUAAUCUACACAGAAUGAAAUAUUAUAUAUAUAUAUAUCUGUUUAUCCACCACUGAAGGAUUUGAAACAUCUGUUGAAGUAAAUGUGAGACCUGGAUUAUUCAUAACCUCAGCUUGCUUUACUGAUAAAAAAGUUCAAUAUCAUAGGCUUCGUAUAUUAAUAACUUUCAAUUAAUUUGAACAAUUUGUUGUGAAAGAGUGUGAUGUAAAACUGGUUGUACAUAGACCUACCUGUAAAGGAAAAGACUAUUCAGGUUUCUUUGCACAGAGUCCAUUAUUGUUUCUCCUCUUUGCAAAGGGAAAUAAUAUACAGCUCUAAAGGGUGGAGAAAGUAAGGAAUAAAAGAGAGAGAAAGAUGAGUGGGUUGUUUUUGUGUAGUGGAUGAUGGGUGGGUGUGGUGAGCUAAUUGUAUGAUCAGUGAAAUCAUCUCCUGUAAUUGUCUCAUGGCAGGAAGCACAUAGUGUGUGAUAAAAAAAAAAGAAGUGUUAAGCUGUUUCGCAAAAGCCAGACCCACAAAGAGAGAAAUCUAAAACAUUUCAUAGGUGGAGGAUUGUGAAAGUCACAAUAAUUGACGGCAAGAUUGUGAAUGGAAAUGUGCUUGUGGAUAUAUGUAUGUAACAUUUUGCUGUGCUGUCAGGUGCCUUCUAAAAGUCUAUGCAACUCUACAGCAAGAUAACUGAUCCUGAAUUCUAAACUUUAUGCAGUUGGGUGCUAUAAAAUGAUUACAGGUCUUAAAUACAUUUUUAUUUUUCCUGUUUGUUUUUGUUGGAACAUUUAACUUUUUAAAAACUGUUUGAUUUAUUUUAGCAUCUUGUUCUAGAAUAUCUGUGCUGUGUAUCACAUGGCCCAGGUUACAUGCUUGAUAUUGCAUAUUAUAAGUUUCUAGCCUUAGUGGCUUUGUAACAUCUGAAAAUGUAAGAAUUGCAGUUUUGCUGUUGAUAUUGGGUUUUUCUUUGUUUUGUUUUUUUAUUUUUUUUAUGUAUUCACUUAAUACUUGUAACAGCGGUGCGUUUCUGAUAACAUUACUGUUUCAUAAUAUUUUUAAUUCAAAGUAUUUUAUUGUGUAGCCUACUUCUGCAACAUGUGUACGAAAUGGUGCUGUGUGUUCUUGAAAGUAGAAGAAGUAGGCACUGUAUCAGAUGGUAGUACAUGACGUAGUAGCAAUGCUUUUUGUCUUCAGAUUUUACAUAUAGUAACGUCUAAAUCUUGCAAACAGUAUAGCCUAGAAACAUGAGCAAUUUGGGAUGCUUUUCUCAUACGACUUAAAAUCAAAUAAAACUAACAAAUUGGCUGGCAUUUUUUUUUUUAAUGCUCUUUUAUGCUUUUAAUAGUGAAAGAUUACUGAGAUUGUGCUGUGGAGAGAAAUUAAUGUGUGCUCUCAUAAUGUGUAACGAUUAUUCAUACAGGACGUAGAAUGCCUUUGAACAGCACACUUUUUCAACAUGGAACUGUAAAGCAAAGGACCAGUUUUAGUGCCAUUUGAUUUUACAAUUUCUUAGCCUUUAUUUAGAAAGGUCAACUCUACGAAGGAAAGAAUGAGGGAAAUAGAUAAAGCCACGCGUUGCACUUAAGCUCUUAUCUUACUUUUAGUAACAUUUUCUAUUUUACACAUAGCAAUUUCAUUUUAACAAGAAAAUUAUCCUUGUUGAAAAGAUGGAACUGUCUCUGUUUGGAAAAUGUCUUUGUUGGACUCAGUGCGUAUACUGUGCUAGACACAUACCUUUAAAUCCGCCUCCCACCUGGCUUCCCAAGAAAUAAAUAACAAAAGAAAUAAAUACGAAAGUGGUAUAAAAAUAGAGAAAAGUUUACUAUUGAAGGACAAAUAAAAUAAUAAAUAAAAACGAUUAAUAUGACACCAGAAACAGUCCAGAUCACGGUUUUUUAAUAAGCCAUUGCAUCUUUUUAUUUGUGUAUGUUACGUCACUUGAUUCCAUUUGCCUGUGUACUCGACCACAUAGUUUUCUUAAAGUGAUGUGCAUUUGAUUAUAAAAAUGUAUAAAUAAGAUUAAAUAAUAAAACAAUGCCUAUACACA